GCGUGAGUGGGAACCUGGACGGCACGUUCCUGCUUGCGCAUCGAUUCCUCCAGCUCGUCACAACCUACCGUAGUGAAGUGGAAGCUCUUGGACCUUUCACCCUCCAGCUUUCCCAUCAAACUGAGCGUCUCCCGUUCAAGAUCAUUGUUCGGCUAUUGGUGGCAUUUUUGUGAUUUCAUGACGCGCAUUUCAAUUAACCACCUAAUCGCAACGACCUGUUACCCGCCGUACCUUUGUCUCGACGUCCUACCGGAUCCGAUCUCCAGCCCAGCUUCAACCGAUUGGGCCAUCACCGCGAGCAAUCCGUCUCCAUCAAUAAACUUACAAAGAGAACUCCACGUUACGGCGCAUCUCGAGAGGAAAAACAAACGAAGCGAGGGCACUCAUAGCGUUGCGACCAGUGCCCAUAGUCUCCAGCAGUCACACACUUGCAAAGAGAAUAAUAACAGCCUAGCAGCAAGGGGCACCCUCUCCAUGGUUCCUCGAACAACUGCUAUCUGAUGCUCCCUUCGAACCACGAACCAUAAGGCGCCGAGGUUUGCGCCCUCCCUGCGAGGACACAAUCAACACAAAGCCAUGAGUCUCUCGCAGCGCCCCCCUUCGAAUGCUCUCUUGUCGGCUUCAGCAGAAGUGGAUGAUAACUCUCUUCGGCCACGGAACCGCCGCGUAGCGAGCAACCGGAAUAAUGCAACAUCAUCCUCCCUCUACUCAAGCCCGAGCAGGACCUCAGACAGAGGGGCCUCGCCGAUUCCCGCCGCACGCAUAGGAGAUGUUACUGGGAGGAACGAUUCUAGACUCGAGGUCGCGGCGGGCUCCGCUCGUACAAGUAGCCCCAGGGGUGGCCGUGGUCUGCUCGAUGGCUCGUGGGCUUCGACGUGGGCCUCCGUUCAGGAGUUUACCACAUCACUGCUUACCGGUGGAGAAUCAUAUCAUACCGGGUCAGAAAGGUUGGCAACUCAAACCGCUGGGAAACAAAAGAGCUCCAGCAGUUGGGGUCCCGAACCACCAAACGAGUCGAGGCCACGCUUGGAGGAUGUUGGAUCAGGAUCAUUAACCGAGCGGGAGGGGCGUCUCAGGGCCCUUAGGACAGCAAGUGUACUCGAAAGCCACGAGGGGGUCAAUGGUGGCCUGGAUGUUUCCAGGAGGUUCAAGAAGCGUAAUUCAGACGAGGAUUUGCGAGAACCUUCUCAGAGUCAGGAAGCAGCGGAGCACCUGGUGUACAUUCACCAUGUACAACCUACCGAUACCUACGCCGGGAUUGUGCUUCGCUACAAGUGCCGUGAAGACGCAUUCCGUAAGGCCAACGGCCUAUGGUCUCGAGACAAUAUUCAGAUACGCAAAUGGCUUGCAAUUCCUGUCGACGCCUGCGAGAUCAAGGGGCGCCCUUGCGGAGGCCCCUCAUUUUCAGGGACUCAAGUUGAUUACUUGGCUCGUACGCCGGAAGGAACUGAUCCAUUUGGGCGAGACAAUUCCAACAACCGAGAGUUUUUUGGCCCCUCAACCAACGAUCGAGGCGGGGACGACAAAUUACCAACAAAUGAUGACGAGCGACCAUGGACACAUGUGCGUUGGGUAUCACUCGACUCGUUUCCUCAUCCUGUUGAGGUCGCACGAGUAGAACGUAAGGUUCUGGGAUACUUUCCCCCGCGUCGGAGGAAGAGCAUGAACACCACUUCCACGAUGACGUCGCCUAGGACGUCAAUGGACGUACCGGGUACCACCCUGAGUGGAGAGACCGGUCCCAUGAGUCCCGGCAGCAUAUCUUCUCGCCGAACGAGUCUUAUAGGAAGCCGUCCUAGUCUUGUUGGAGAUGAUGCGCGGCCAGCAUGGAUGAGACGGCCGGGGGGUGUAGGCUCGCUGCGGAAUGUAAGAGCGCCCGGGCCCGAGAAGGAUUAUUUCAACACGUGGACAAAUAAACAUCUACCGGGCCUCAACAUUGACUCUCUACCGUCCAUGGCUGUUAUGGGUGCUGAAACCGCCCGCCUCGGUUUCCACGGCGCUGAGGAGCACCCAACUAUUGUGGAGAGUCCUUUUGAAGACGGAGGCGAUGCCUCGAGGUUAAAUGGCCAAGGGUCCACCGGCCUCGAUAAAGCAGCUGCGGCGGUCGAGAAUUGGCUACGAGGCGCCUUUGUCAAACGACCAUUGGGAACGCCUUCUUUAGGCGUACCGAAACGAUCGCCUCUUGGGGCAGAAGAAGGCGACCUCAUCGAGCUUACCGACACUAAUAGUGACGAUGAUCGAGGAGGCCCUGUCAAUCCUACGUCUAACAAUUUACAGGACACAGGACUGUCGAAUUUUGAAGUCGGUACCUCUGGAAGAAGCGCUACAAUGGGUGGGAGUGGAAUGAUGAGAGGGCGGUUCCCCAGCGGCAAUCUUGCUGGGAGGGAUAAGAAGGCAGACUAAUUGUAGCUUUGGACAGAUAGAUCGCUCGUUUGCAUCGGUUCUCGGGUAAUUUGCAGCUUUGGAAUCAUGACGGGGGAUCCCCACUCAUGAUGAGCAUGUUAUCACAGUUAAGUAUAAUGGCGUCCUCUUUCUUCAUCAUAGGGGGCCAGCAAAGUUGGCCAGGUUUGCAUUAAUAUCUAUUUUGGCGGUUUUGUGUAUAUCGAGAAUUAGAGCGAAAGCGGGCACAUUCAAAGCAAUCACUAGACCAUAGGAUCACCGAAAAGUAUAUUUCUCAUGCGCCAUGAACCACCGUUUUGAUUUGGACAACGGCGGUACAAUUCGAGAUAUCGAUGCGAUGGACGAGAUCAUUUGGCCAAAUGAGGACGAAUAUCGUUGACGGACGUUUAACCUCUGUU